AUGACACCAAAACAUAAUCUACUAAAUCUGCUUAGGAUUACGAAUAAUAAAAUAUAUGAAGACAUAUCACUGGGGCAUGAUGUUACUGACCGGUCGCAGAGAAGAAAACCACCAAACAAUUCAUAUUCAAUAAAAAAGUUAGUACGAUCCACAAUGAAUGGUCUUGACGUAGCAGAUUCCAAGUCUUCUGUUGGUGUCAAUGCCAAGGUGACUAUCAUACGGCCCAUAACAAAGCAUUUUUAUGUCAAGAUCAGAUAUGAUAGAAAUAAUCGUAAAUCAAGAAAUAUAUUGAAAAUUCCUAUUCGAAGAAAACUUGAAAGCAAAGAACAUUCCAUAAAGGAUAAGAGCACUAAUAAAGCGACAAAGUACACUGGGGAUGAUUUUUCGAGAGAAUUGCCAUACAAGGGAAUCUUGAAAUUCCCUGAUUGCAUCAUCAACGAUACAGACCCAACUAGAAAAGAUAGAGAAUUGUUUCAGAAAUUGUAUCAUGAAGGAGAGCAAUUAAGGAAAUCAAAUCAAAUCGAUGAAACACCAGCCGUGGAAGAAAUCCUGACUAUGCAUGGUAGUACCGAGUCUACCCCAGCCCCAGCAGUAAACAAUUACUUGAAAUCUCAAAUCAAGAAAAUACAGUUUCGAGAAUACGAAAUUGAUACCUGGUAUACGUCACCAUAUCCAGAAGAAUACUCACAGUCAAAGAUAUUAUACAUUUGUGAACACUGUUUAAAGUAUAUGAGUUCGCCGAUCUCGUAUGAACGUCAUCAGCUUAAAAAUUGUAAUUUGUCGAAUAAUCAUCCUCCUGGAAUAGAAAUUUACAGAGAUUUGGAUACAAAUAUAGCUGUAUGGGAAGUUGAUGGUAGGAAGAACAUUAAUUAUUGCCAGAAUUUGUGUCUCUUGGCAAAAUUGUUUCUUAAUUCAAAGACUUUGUAUUAUGAUGUUGAGCCGUUCAUAUUUUAUGUUUUAACAGAAAUAGAUAAAGAGAAUCCUACCAAAUAUCAUUUUGUGGGUUAUUUUUCCAAAGAGAAGUUAAGUAAUUCUGAUUAUAAUGUGUCAUGUAUUUUGACCUUGCCAAUAUAUCAGCGAAAAGGGUAUGGAAACUUAUUGAUUGAUUUUAGUUAUCUAUUAAGUCGACAUGAGUUUAAAUUUGGUACCCCAGAGAAACCUCUAAGCGAUCUAGGAUUGGUGAGUUAUCGAAACUAUUGGAAAAUAACUAUCGCAUUGAAAUUAAAAGAAUUGCACCUUAAGUACCUAAACAAUACGGAUAAUGAUAAAAAUAGCAAUACCCUAUCAAUUUCAAUAGAGAAUUUAUCCAAACUCACAGGUAUAAUUCCUUCUGAUGUGGUUGUUGGUUUGGAGCAAUUGGAUUCGUUGAUAAAAAAUCCUAUUACUAACUCAUAUGGGAUCGUUAUCAAUUUGCAGAAGAUAAACUACAUAAUUGAAAAAUGGAAAAAUAAAAAGUACGUCUGUUUAGACUAUAGCAAACUACUCUGGAAGCCUAUGCUAUUUGGUCCAUCUGGCGGUAUUAAUUCAGCUCCAGCUAUGCAGUCUAAUCCUAUUUCGAAUUUGAAUAAUAGUACAAACUUUCCAUCUCAGCCUGUCAUGAACAAUAGCAUUUCAAAUAUUGUCAACUUUUUGAAGGACGAUAUAAACAACCCGUAUUCCUUCGAAGAGGAGGCAUCUAAAGAAAUUGAGUGCUACUUAGACUUGGGACAAGAAAAAGGGGACAUAAAUAUAAGAGAGAAUGAUAUUGAUAAUUACAUCAUCUGUUAUCCUGGUAUUGAUGUAAACCUCAGGAAAAAGCUGACUCCAGUAAGACAAGCACCAAAAAUCAAUUCAUUAAUAGAAAGUGGUAAAGAGCCAACUAUGUCGCCAGACACAAGAGACGUAAAAGGGGUAGAUGACCUUAUGGAUGACGAGGAUAUUUUUGAAGAUGAAGAAGAAGGUGUAGUAAGUGAUGAGUCUGAAGAUUACGUGGAAGGUUCGGAUAUUGGUGAUGAAGAUGGCGAAGAAGAAGAAAUUGAAGAGAUUGACGAAGUUGAGCAACAAGUAGGUGAUGAAGUUAACUAUAGUAGUGAACAAACAGAUGAUGUGGAAGAGACACUUAUUCCAGAUUAUAUUUCAGAUCAAGAUGCAACAAAUGAUAAUUCUGAUAAACCUGUAGCCCAGCCAAAAGGGUCACCACUAUCGGAUCCACACGAAUUCGACAAUCCUAAUAUACACGAAAUCAGACAAACUCGAAGCCACUCAAAUAGGCAAGCAGCGGAACCUGAAACUUUAACAAGGAACACGAGAAGUAAAAGGAGUCCGCCUGAUCUUGAAGUUCCUAUUAGAACAACGAGAUUUGGAAGACAACGGGCACAUAUAAAUGAAUCUCCCAGGCUUCGCAGAAGACGUUGA